GCAGACUGGGAGCAGGAAGCCGUGACUUUGCGUCGUUAUUUUCACUGCUGCUGCUGUUUUGUCCUGAGAGAAGAGAGAGAGAGGAAAAAGCAACAAAAAAACCAGCUAGCUAGCUUACCAAAACAAACUUCGCUCGGACAUUUAACCAUGAAACACAACUCAAACGUCCCCGCGUUCCUCACUAAGCUGUGGACGUUGGUAGAAGACUCUGAUACCAACGAGUUCAUCUGCUGGAGUCAGGAGGGCAACAGUUUCCUUGUGCUGGAUGAGCAACGCUUUGCGAAAGAGAUCCUUCCAAAAUUCUUUAAGCACAACAACAUGGCCAGUUUUGUCCGGCAGCUGAACAUGUAUGGUUUUCGCAAGGUGAUGCACAUUGACACCGGCAUAGUGAAGCAAGAGCGAGAUGGACCAGUUGAAUUUCAGCAUCCCUACUUCAAGCAUGGCCAAGAUGAUUUACUGGAGCACAUAAAGAGAAAGGUGUCCAAUGCCAGACCAGAGGACAACAAGCUGAGACAAGAGGAUCUGUCCAAAAUCUUAUCCAGUGUUCAGAUUGUACAUGACAAGCAGGAAAGCAUGGAUGUCAGGCUUGCCACUUUAAAACGUGAGAAUGAGGCCCUGUGGAGGGAGAUGUCAGACCUACGGCAGAAACAUGCCCAACAACAGCAAGCCAUAAAAGAGCUUGUACAGUUCAUCAUCACAUUGGUCCAGAACAAUCGCAUGCUUAACUUGAAACGCAAAAGGCCACUGUUAUUGACCAGCAAUGGAAAGAAGUCAAAAUACAUCUCCCAGAUCUAUGAGGAGCAUGUGGACCAUGGCAAGUCUGCAGUCAAUGGGAUCAACGGAGUGAAGACCAACUCGGACAUUUCUGAUGAUGUCAUCAUCUGUGACAUUACUGAUGAUGCAGAAGUCAUAGUGGACGCAUCGAGACCGGCUGAUGAAGGGGACAUUGAAAUUGUUGAGCUAAACUAUGACAGCAGUUCACAGACAGAAAAGACGAGCACAAAGGAAAAUACACCAACAGACUCUACGAUUCAAGAGGAAGCAGAAAUGCCAAAAAGCAUCAUCAACACCCAACCAACCAGCAGCGCCCUGCGGUUAAAUAAUUUGUCAGUCCUGAGUCAGGAAGAUCCUGUGAAGAUGAUGGACUCUAUCCUCAAUGAAAGUGGGACCAUUUCACAGAACAUCAGCCUUUUGGGAAAGGGAGAGCUGAUGGACUAUUUGGACAGUAUUGACUGCACUUUGGAAGACUUCCAAGCCUUGCUGUAUGGAAAGCAGUUCAGCAUUGACCCCAAUAUUCUGGAGUCUUUACCACAGGGAACCAGUUCAAAUGGAAAAGACAGCAACCUUCCCACUGGAAACAAGACCGAAAUUCAGAAUGCAGACAAACAGCUGAUUCAGUACACCAGCUGCCCCCUGCUGGCCUUCCUGGAUGGCUGCAGCCCUCUGCCCUCAGGCCCUGAGUCCCAGCCUGAAGACCUGAGCCAGUCUCUGCUGAAGCACAACUGUGAGGAGACCAUGGACCUGCUGGACACCAGCCUGGAGAAAGAAAAGAUCCCCCGCAGCACAAUGAUCCGCCUAGAGCCCCUCACGGAGGCUGAGGCUAGCGAAGAAACUCUCUUCUACCUGUGCGAACUGGACUCACACCUGCCUUCUGCUGAUCAGUCUCCACUGGAAGUCUGAUGGGAGAUCGCCAGGCAGGAGAUAAAAAUGACUAGACCUUUUUUUGUACAUAUUCAUCAAAAUGAUGAUCUAUUUAUUUGAUGGAAUUGUUCUGGUACGUUGCUGGCCGCAUUCAAGUAUGACAUUCCAUCAUUUCAUGUAUGCUUCCUGUUAGUGUUACACUGUUAAAUGUCCACAAGAGGAUGUGGCUGCAAUUAUGUUGCUGGUUUACAUUGCAGCAAGUUUGUUAUGUGAUUUAUUUUUUUUUCCCUUCUUUUUUAUAUCAAUUAAUUCUGUGACCAAUGAGAUUUGUGGGUAAUAGUCCUGUAAGUGCCUGCGUUCAGAUCUCUGUACAUACAGUACUCUCAUUAGUUCCAUAAUAUUCUGGAAGUAGAGUGGUUUUGCCUUUCUUGUAAGCUUUGUCAGUAUCCCAAGCUUGGUAAUCCCAUUAAAGAAGUUGCAAGAA